GGGCGCUUGCGCGUUGCCGUGAUGUGACAACUCGCGUUCCUUCGUGUUUCCUUCUCCCAUCAUCGUCAGAUCUCUUUUGUGAUGUUUCAGGCCGCAAAACAAACCAAACUACAAAAAAGUGACAGCGCUCACAUAGUGUCUGUAGAUAAUGGUAGCGCAUCAUAUCGUCUGAGUUUGUAUGAUCAGCCUCCACUAUACGACGUGACAGUGGAAGAAUUUGAAACCUCGGCACUUGACCGUCUUCGUAUACUCGCCGAAAUUGAAUCUUCAGCUGCACGCAAUCGUUCUUGGGAUGAAACGAAACAAGUGACAAUGACACAAUGCGGAAAAUACCUACCUCUCAACUCAAAUUCAGCAUUAGGAAUAGAUGUUCUGGAAGAACGGAGGAAAGAUCAAUUGGGUCAUUUUGUUCUGAGGCUUGCUUUCUGCCGAUCAGAAGAAUUGCGUCGUCGAUUUAUCAGAGCUGAGACAACUCUCUUUAGAAUUCGUUUUGAGACGGAUGACUCGAAUGAACGACGCGCAUUUCUCGACUCGAAGGAUUUCAACUGGAUUUCUGUCGGUGCGGAGGAGAAAGAACGGUAUAAGGAGCAAUUAAAACACUUCAUCUCAUCGAAGACCGAUUUGGAUGGGGCUUUUCAAAGCGAGGCUUUCUACAAAGUAAAAUGGACGACUAUUCCUGAUCUUGUGGAGAAACGCAAAGUGUUUUUAAAAGGUGGUUAUGCUUACGUUCCUGCACGCGAGCAAGCGAGUAUCAUCUACUCGGCUUUUGAGGAGCGGCUUGAAGCUGCAUUACGGGCAACAUCAAGAGCUAUACCUCUGGUGGACGAAGACAUGCGCUUAAAUCCUAUACUUGACAAUUUGGCGCAAGGAUUCAUUGCGGGAAUACCGUCAGACUGGGUGGCCUCUGCUGAAGCAACUGGAGAAGGAAUCACUGCGGACAUGGUGGAUUCAUUAGCGAAACAACACUUCCCGCUCUGCAUGCGCGUCCUGCAUCAAAGCUUGCGGAAAGAUCAUCACUUGAAACAUUUUGGACGCUUACAUUAUGGGCUUUUUCUCAAAGUCCUGGGUUUAUCGAUCGAUGAAGCGAUAGCGUUCUGGAGAAAGUCAUUUGCUGGAGGUCCCGGUUCCGAUAAGUUUGAUAAAGAAUACAGGUAUAACAUACGACAUUCUUUUGGGUUGGAAGGAAGAAGAAUGAACUAUCCUGCCAAGAAUUGCCUGCAACUCCACAGUGUACAUGAAGCCGGUUGCCCAUAUCGCCAGCUUGAAAGCUCUCCGGAGAAUCUCCAAAGCGCAUUACUCUCCUCGUAUUCGGCCCAAGGUCUAACAAUCAACGAUCUUCCUGAGAUUAUAGCACAAGUCAAGAAAAAAUCCUACCAUGUCGCUUGCACACGGGUCUUCGAAAUUACACAUGCUCGUUCCGUCAGGAAAGGGGAAGGAUUAAGCGACGGGGAGUCAGUUACGCAUCCAAAUCAGUACGCUGCGAGGAGUAUUGAGCUUGAGAAGGAAACAAAGGAUCCAAAGAUGAAGGUAGACAACGGAGUUUAA